UUGUUUCAAGAUCUCGGAUCGUUUUGCAGCACAAUUAUUGCGUCUUCUGUGAUUUUCACUCUUGCUUUCUUUCGCCCUUCCACACCCGAUUUCCCCUGCCAGAUUCAGCCAGCCGUGGAGUCCUACACCGGAGGCCAUCUGCUCUCCUCGGCCUCGGAGCAAAGCCUCUGCAGAGCGGUCGCCCACGAGAUUCUCGUCAAGUCACGCCGAGCUCGUCGCCGCCACCUCGAACAGGCCGGACACCAGUUGACCAGUCACCUGUUCAGCAGUCGGCGUGUGGCCUCAUCUGGUACCAGACGAGUCUCAAAACUGCCCAAACAUCAGUCAACAAUUGGGCAACGUUCUUCGGGCGAGGCGGUCUCGCCUCGACGCCGCAUCGAGAAACGCGUGGACACUGCCGUUGCCAAGAGGAGCUCAUUUUCUACCCUCACUCCACAUGUUGUGGCUUUGUCCGGUAGCGGUGCUAAGGGAUCGGCAGCACUCGUUCGGCCCACUCGCAAGACACGAGAAAGAGGUGGGAGAGGAGCAGCAAGAGGACGAGGAGCAAGAGGAGGAGGAGGAGUGGGAGUGGGAGAAAGAAGCGAAGAAGGACGAGUGCUCGGGGCUAGAAAGCAAACAAGUGGAGACGGUGGAAAAGUGCGAAAAGCAAGAGGAAGAGCAGAUAAAGUGGCGAGUGAAGGUGGAGUUAAAAGAGGAAAAGAAGAACCAGAUAUGGUCUCGUAUCAAAGCCUCGCCGCGGGAGAUGUACUGCCAACCUCUGUCAAAUCCAGUCGGUAG